GGCUAGUGAACACGCGAAAAUUCGCGUCAACGCGCUUUUUCUCAGGAACCUGGAAGUAGCCGCCCCUCCCCCUGUUGGCGUUUCCAGCCUCCACCGUUCUGCAUAGAGUUAGGUUUGAUAGACGGAUAAACUCUAGGUCAGUGCAAGUAAACAGUCAUUGCGACUUUCGAACUCUAUCGCAAUUCUUCCAACAUCCCACUUCCAGCCAUUAAGAUUCUUACGAGGAAAACUCAAUUGAGUCGACAAUGGCGUUACUUCAAUACAGAAACGUCGUCGAUUACGAGGCGCAACAAGCCGCCUUUGGGAAUUUCCUCGAGAAGUUCAAGACUUCGCCAGAGCAGACAUUAACGCACGCUAUUGGCCAGAUUAAUAUCGACGAGGAUGAUUUAAGCGACGAGUACGAUUUCAUGGACGAAGAUGACGAAGCGCAUGAGCGACGACGAAAAGAGAAAGCCGCGGCGAAAUUGCCAAAGCACAAAUAUGCUGAUAUGAUGCAGAAGCUCGCAGAUCGUACACUCGACGAGGUUUUAAUAGAAUUGGAUGAUAUUGCUGCCUGGGAGGAAGACACAAAUGAAGGGUUGAAACUUGUUGAGUCCAUCGAGUCGAACACCAAACACUAUGUUGAAAUCCUCUCGAGAGCUAUCGACAGCAAGCUACCCCCUCCUACCAAUGGUGUAACAUUCAAAGACGAUGUUUUAGAUGUGAUCAUGGAGAGGAGACAAGCCCGAAACCGUGACCUUGCCGAGGCUGCUGCUAACAAUAACAACCCGGAAUUGCUCGAGUCUACGUUCCCGGCUCAACUCACGAGGCGGUAUACGCUUGUUUUCAAGCCGAGAACGUCUACCAGCGAGAAGCCAGUGAAGGCACUCGCUGUGCGACAAGUACGAGGAGAUCACCUCGGUCACCUCAUUACAGUCCGUGGUAUCGCGACUAGAGUCUCAGAUGUAAAGCCUAUCGUACAAGUCGGCGCCUAUACCUGUGAUCGUUGUGGAUGCGAGAUCUUCCAGCCUGUCAACGACAAGCAAUAUGCGCCCCUUACUAGCUGUCCAUCGCAAGAAUGCAAAGAAAACCAGUCCAAGGGCCAGCUCUUCCAGUCCUCGCGCGCAUCCAAGUUCCUGCCUUUCCAAGAAGUCAAGAUUCAAGAAUUGGCGGAGCAAGUACCCAUUGGCCAAAUUCCGCGAACCCUUACCGUCAUGUGCCACGGAAGCGCCGUUCGCCAGAUUAGCCCUGGAGAUGUCGUAGAUAUUUCCGGAAUUUUCCUCCCUACUCCGUACACCGGGUUUCAGGCGAUGCGAGCCGGUCUUCUAACCGACACGUACGUUGAAGCGCAUCAUAUUGUCCAGCACAAGAAGGCAUAUGAGGAAAUGAUCAUCGAUGACAAGCUUCUAAGACGCAUCAACACUUUCAGCCAGUCAGGCACUGUAUAUGAGAUGCUAGCAAAGUCUAUUGCUCCUGAAAUCUUUGGUCAUCUGGAUGUCAAAAAGGCUCUUCUCUUACUACUUGUUGGUGGUGUCACGAAGACGAUGGGCGACGGUAUGCGGAUCCGUGGUGACAUUAACAUCUGCUUAAUGGGUGACCCUGGUGUUGCUAAGUCUCAGCUUUUGAAGUAUAUCUCCAAGGUCGCACCCCGUGGUGUCUACACAUCCGGCCGUGGUUCCAGCGGUGUCGGUCUAACUGCUGCCGUGAUGCGCGAUCCUGUGACGGAUGAGAUGGUCCUUGAGGGUGGUGCUUUGGUUCUGGCUGACAAUGGUAUCUGCUGCAUCGAUGAAUUCGACAAGAUGGACGAAAACGAUCGUACCGCCAUUCACGAAGUUAUGGAACAGCAGACAAUUUCUAUUUCCAAAGCCGGUAUCUCAACUACGCUCAACGCCAGAACGUCCAUCCUCGCCGCCGCCAACCCUAUCUACGGUCGUUAUAACCCACGCAUAUCACCCGUCGAAAACAUCAAUUUACCAGCUGCACUACUCUCACGUUUCGAUGUCCUGUUCUUACUACUCGACACGCCAACCCGCGAGAGUGACGCACAACUGGCUAAGCACGUAGCCUAUGUACACAUGCACAGCAAGCACCCCGACCUCUACGCAGCCUCUAACGAUAGCGACGGCGCUGCACAGCAGCCCAACGUUGUCUUUACGCCACAUGAGGUGCGCGCGUACGUAGCCCAGGCUCGCACGUACCGACCCACCGUGCCAGAAACUGUAACGGAGUACUUAACCAAGACGUACGUGCGCAUGCGUGAUGCCCAGCGCCGCGCCGAGAAGAAGAACAAGAUGUUCAGCCACACAACUCCCCGUACACUGCUCGGUGUAGUCCGUUUAGCCCAAGCACUAGCCCGACUCCGAUUUGAUACCGAAGUCAACCGCGAUGAUGUCGAUGAGGCGCUUAGGUUGAUGGAGGCUAGCAAGGAAAGUCUCGCGGCGCACGAGGGUAUGGGUGGCAGGAGAACGCUUAACGCUGCUAGUCGUAUUUACAACCUGGUCAAGUCGCUGGCUGAUAGCGGCGCGUGUAGAGCUGGUGACGACGACGAGGAUGAUGGCGAAGAGGGUACGGUGGAACUGAGCAUGCGCAAGGUGCGCGAGCGUGUCCUGGGUAAGGGAUUUACCGAGGACCAGUGGAUAAGUGCGCUGGAGGAGUACACAACCCUUGAUGUCUGGCAAACAGCGGGCAAUGGAAACAGAUUGGUGUUCAUCACGGCGACUGAUAAUGCAGGAGACGAUGAUGACGAGUAGGAUGAUCGAUUGGAUAUGCCGAUAUGAGAGUCAGGGCCUACUGUGUCCUCUAAUGAAUCACGGCGUAGAUGUAAGGGGAUGAAAACGAGCCACGGCGUUACGGUUCCGGCAUCGAGGCUAGCAUCCUAUAGUUGCUUGUUUACUUUUGCGACCUAUUAGUCAGGUUGCUUGAUCUAGAUUAGGAAUGAUUAAACCCCCUUUAAAUGAGCAUGCGUAUUC